CAGUGACUGCUGACGUGACGUGGUAUGCCAGGAGUGGACAUUUGAUGAAUCGGUCACACCGUGGCCAGUUUUGCGUAAAUGGAUCGCAGGUGGUGAAGAGACGAUUAUUUUGCAAAGAUUUCAUUAUUUUUUUCUAUAUUUUCGGUAACAAGAGUAAUUGAUUUUUAUCAAAAUGGUGUUAUUAACAAUGAUUGCGAGGAUAGCAGAUGGUUUGCCACUAGCAGCCACGAUGCAAGAAGAUGAACAGAGCGAGAGAAGAAUUUUAGAAUAUCAGAACCAGGCAAAAAUGUUAUUUAGAAGAUUAGAACCACAGUCUCCAGCUAGAUGUACCAUAGAAACAGGUCCAUAUUUAUUCCAUUAUUUAAUUGAAAAUGAAGUAUGUUAUUUGGUAUUGUGUGAAAAAAACUACAGUAAACGGGCCGUAUAUAAUUAUCUUGAAGAUAUAGCGCAAGAAUUUCAUUCGUCAUAUGGUAAACAUGUCAAUACAGUUACUAGGCCCUACAGUUUUAUUGAAUUCAAUACAUACAUCCAAAAAGCAAAGAAAGUUUUUUUGGAUGGUAGAUCAAGAAGAAAUAUGAAUGCACUCAAUAGCCAACUACAGGAUGUGCAAAGAAUCAUGGUUCAAAAUAUAGAUGAUGUCUUGCAAAGGGGUACAGUUCUUUCAGAGUUAGACACUAAAACACAAAAUUUGACUAUGUUGUCACAAAAAUAUAAAAAGGAUGCAACUCAUUUAAAUAGCAAGUCCAUGUAUGUGAAAGCUGUGGCUGGACUUGUUGCGUUUUUGGUCUUCCUGCUAUACUUUUUUAUUCUUUAGUUUCUCAAUCUAUUUGAAAAGUUGGUUACAAUUAUGUAAAGACAAUUAAUGUUUCUCAUCAUAUUGCUUUUCCAAAAUUAGCAAGUAUUUUUUUUUGUGAACUUACUUUUUCACAUAAUGUAUCUAAAUUUUAAAUUCACCUGAAAUUGGAAACAAUGUACAUAUGUUGUAUUCAGGCAAAAGCUAGUCGCACGGAAUAUAAUGAUACCCAUACUAUUCAAGACAUUGUUCCAUAUAUUGUCAUACAGUAAAUAUAAUGAUUUUCUACAUAAUUAAGACAAUGUAUGACCAUCUUUACUUCGGCUUAGUAAAAGAUAUCCUCUAACAAGUAAGACAAUAUGUAUAGUCAUGACUAUUGUUAUAUUAAAAAUUAUUUUAUUCUUA